UUUGUGCUCAUGCUCCCUCACUCAUAGACUUGGAUAGUUUUCUGUUCUGACUGUACAAGAUCCCAGCAGAGGGAAAGGAAAGAGAAGGGAGGCUUUAGAGAGCACUUGCUUUCUCGUGAGCCUGCAAGCAACCCAGAUCCUCAGGGUACUUCAGAUCCACUGAGAAGCCAACUACUCUUGUCCUUGCCUCCUACAGUGAUUACCUUCACAUGAUGGGAGUUCAGCCUGAAUCCAGCAAGUCCACGAUCAGUGGCAGCAGCCCCAAAAGCUCUGGCCACUGUUUUCGAAACAUCUUCUGCAAUAUUAAGAUGUUCGUGGUGUGCCAUGGCCUUCUCCAGCUUUCCCAGCUCCUCUACAGUGCAAACUUCAAGAGCAGCCUCACAACUAUUGAGAAACGCUUUGGGCUCUCAAGUCUCUCUUCAGGUUUCAUCUCCAGCUUGCAUGAGAUUGGCAAUGUCGUCCUCAUCAUCUUUGUCAGCUACUUUGGCAGCCGAGUUCACCGCCCUCGAGUGAUAGGAGUAGGGGGCCUACUACUGGCACUUGGAGCUUUCCUGGUGACCCUUCCUCACUUCCUCUCAGACCCCUAUGAAUAUGCCACGCUGAGUGCAGGUAACAAGAGCCAGAUCCAAGCUGAACUCUGUUAUGUAGAGAAUAAGUUUGUAUGCCCAAAUACCACUCAGGAUCCCCAGAAGGAGGCCAGCAGUAUAUGGGCAAUGAUGGUCAUCGCCCAGCUGCUGGCUGGAAUUGGAACAGUUCCCAUACAGCCCUUUGGGAUAUCCUAUGUUGACGACUUCGCCGAAGCAAACAAUUCCCCACUGUAUGUUGCCAUCUUAUUCUCCAUCGCAGUGUUUGGCCCUGCUUUUGGAUAUUUGCUGGGAUCUGUGGUGCUGCGUCUUUUUGUGGAUAUUGGAAGAGUUGACAUUGCUACAGUGAGUUUGACACCAAAGGACCAGCGGUGGAUCGGAGCCUGGUGGCUAGGACUGUUGAUCUCCUCAGGUUGCUUGGUGGUCACCUCCAUUCCUUAUUUCUUUUUUCCUCGAUACAUGCUCAAAGGAGAGGACCCAAAUUCAGAGUCUGGCAUGCUGAAGAAGAUGGAGAAGGGAGAGGCUGAACAAAUCUCCUUGCUGGAAUUCAUAAAAAGAUUCCCAAAGAUCUUCCUGAGACUGCUCCUCAAUCCUCUCUUCAUCCUUCUAGUGCUGGCUCAGUGCAGCUUCUCCUCAGUCAUUGCAGGUCUUGCCACCUUUCUCAACAAGUUUCUGGAGAAGCAGUAUGGUGCCACAUCUUCAUAUGCCAACUUUCUCAUUGGAGCUGUGAACCUGCCGUCAGCAGCACUCGGGAUGCUCUUAGGAGGAAUAGUCAUGAAACGCUUUGCCUUCUCCCUCCGGGCCAUCCCACGGUUUGCUGUAGUGGUGCUUGUCUUCUCCAUCCUCAUCUGCCUGCCUAUCUUCUUCAUGGGCUGUUCCACAGGGCACAUUGACGGGAUCUACCCCUCCAGUACAUCAAGUUCCCAACAGCGGGUUAAGUCCCCCAGUGGGUGCCACUGCUCUGAACACAUCUUUCACCCAAUAUGUGGAGAAAACAAUGUGGAGUACAUCUCUCCUUGUUUUGCUGGCUGCACAAACAACACUGUUAAUUCUUCCACACCCAAACAUGUGAUCUACAAGAACUGUUCUCUGAUCCCUGCCAUGAAUGGGCUGUCCUCAGCAAAGACUGGGUCCUGUCCCCUCAGCUGUUCCCACAUGCUCCUUCCUGCCAUAUUCCUCAUCUCCUUUGCUGCACUGGUAGCAUGCCUUUCCCACAAUCCCCUCUACAUGAUGGUUUUACGGGUGGUGAAUCAAGACGAGAAGUCGUUUGCUAUUGGAGUCCAGUUCUUACUAAUGAGAAUGUUAGCCUGGUUGCCAGCUCCAGCCAUGUUCGGUGCCCUCAUUGACUCUUCCUGCAUCUACUGGCAGAAACAGUGCACCCAACGCAGAUUCUGCGCCUACUACAACAAUGACUUCCUCCGCAACAGAUACUUAGGCCUGCAGAUUGGGUACAAAGUGAUAGGCACCGUGCUUCUUGUCCUCAUCAGCUGGAAAGUUAAGAAGAGCAAGGAAUAUAAUGUGCAAGAGAAGGCAGCUGGUCUGGUGUAGCCUGCCCAAGGACUGAUUCUGACUGCACCUCCCCAGCCUGCCUGUACCCACUACUAGUACUUUGUCAAUGUUUUUUGUAAGGGAGCAUCUUCAUAUUAGCAGCCAAGCUCCAAACUCCUCUACUGCAACUUGCACUGCAACCCACCUACCCAGCCCGCAGUGAAACAUCUCUGUGCUCCCGAGAAGGGACUUGCCAGCCAGGCUCUUCGGGAGGGCUGCAAUCAUCCACCAGCAGCUCAAAUGUGUUACAAUGCAAGCACUGCCUCAUGCCAGCUCCAUAGCCAACCCCAGAAGAAACCUGCCAGGGUGGUUGUGGGCUAGGUCAUGGGUGCCAGGGCUAGUUUAGGACUAGCCACAGCCAGGACCACGUCCUCCCACAUUCUCUGGUGAAGCCUUGUCCCUUGUUUUGGGAAACGGCAUCCUCAAGCCUCAAUGACUGCCUAUUGGGAAAUGCCGAAGGCUUGUCACGAGGCAAGCAGGAACAUUUGAGCUGUUACAGGUCUCCAGAAAGGGAUAAGGGCAGAGGAGUAGGAGCUGGAAGAGGUCUACAGCCCAGCCUCAUUCCUUUUCCACAGAGGUGCCUGCUCAGAGAAAGAGCCUGCUUUAUUUCAGCAUGUUUCAAGCCAGGUAAUGUCUGCCUGACGGAGACAAGAGCAGGGGAGAAGUCUGAGAAGCACCGGGGAAUUUCCCUCUCUCUCCCUGUACCCUUCACACAGGUCACUGUGGACACAGCGCAUGAAUUGUAAAAAGUUAUUACUAGUGGUUUAUUACAGAAUAUUUGUUUGUGUGUUUUUUAAUAAACAUCACUUUUCCA